AUGAAUGAAUCACCCAUACACAAAGUUCUCAAAAACACUCCCUAUGGACUAAAUAUUUUUGACCCAGAGAAAGUUGGGCAAUUAGAAAAUAAAAUAGUUUGGAAAAAUCAAAACCCCUACGUUGUUUGCCUUAUAAGGAAUAAAGAAAUUUUAUUAAAACCAGAGGAGAUAGUAAGACAGUUAUACAUUGCUACCUUGAUGGAGGAUUAUAACUAUCCAAAAUCGAGAAUCAAAUUAGAACAUUCUAUCCACUUUGGACGAGAAAAAAAAUCAGCCGAUAUCGUAAUUUUUGAUAAAGACAGACCCACUGUCGAGUAUAUUAUAAUCGAAGUUAAAAAACCAAACGAAAAACUUGGAAAAGAGCAACUAAAGUCUUAUUAUCCCAACUACUUUGAAGAAAUAACUAGCAUACCAAAUUCCGAGCAAAGCCUUUCAGAUGUUCUUAGAGAAAGAUAUACACUUAAAGACUUAAUUAUCAGAGAUAAAAUUCCCAAUGAAGGCAGGUCUCUUAAGCAAAUUAUACUAUCUUUGGAAGAUGAAGUCUUAGCCAAUGCCGGAGUUGACGUGUUUGAAGAGGUUUUUAAGUUAAUUUUUACUAAACUUUACGACGAAAACCAAAGCAAGAGGGACAAAGAAAUUUUUGAUUUCAGAGUUUUAGAGUUUCGAAAUACUGGACAAUCGGAUACUGAAUUAAAGGCAAAAAUUCAAAGAUUAUUUGACUCUGCUAAGCGAGCCUGA